ACGAACCUUAUAGUAUAGAAGAAUCAGCAUGCCCAAAAGGAAGACACAUAAUCUAUUUCUCCUCCAGAAUCAGCAAACCUUUACCAACGAUAAAGUUUGGAUGCCUGAAUAGAGGACUUGGAAUGGUUACCAAGCGUUCAUACUCGGUAGUUCUCCUAGACAGUGCACGAGUUAUCAAGAUUAUGCCAACGGGAAUCAGGGCAAUGAUGGCAAACCUCAAGCAAGAAAUUAUUCAUCUUCGCAGAGUUGGUGAUCCUGAUCCCUCGUGGUCACGUGCUACAGAUUCUCCGAUGGCACCCGAUGUGGGUUGA